AUGGGGUCAGCAUCAGAGCCAGUGGACUUCGUUUCACUGCUUCCACAACUAACGCUCGAAGAGAAAUGCACUCUUCUUUCCGGCAAGGACUUCUCAACCGCUGAGGGUGUGACCCGACUCGGAAUUCCACAUGUACGCGUUGCCGACUCCGUCAGUGGCAUCCGGCCAGCAGGGAUCGAAGCUGAGAUGACAACUGCAAGCUUCCCCAACACAGCGUGUUAUGGCGCCACAUGGGACGCUGACCUGCUUGGCCGCUUGGGCGAGGAGCUCGCACGUCAAGCGCGUCUCAAGAGCGCUCAGGUCGUACUGGGACCUACUAUCAACAUACACCGUGACCCUCGUGCGGGCCGCAACUUUGAAUGCUUCAGCGAAGAUCCGCUCCUGUCAGGACAGCUUGCAGGGGCAAUUGUUAAGGGUGUGCAGAGACAGGGCGUGGCGGCGUGUCCAAAGCAUUUUGUUUGCAACGAUUCAGAAACGUUGCGCCACUACUACGAUGUCCGAGAGUCGAUUGAUGGAAGGACCCUAAGGGAAAUCUACAUGGCGGCUUGGCAGCAUCUUCUGAGGACAGCCAGUCCGGAGGGCAUCAUGACAGCGUACAACAAAGUCGACGGCCUGUUCUGCAGCGAGCAUCGACCUCUCAUGCAGGUUCUGCGCCGUGAGUGGGGGUUCAGCGGCCUGACCAUGUCCGACUGGUUUGCCGUGCACUCUACCGUAGCCUCGGUCAAAGCUGGGCAGGAUCUUGAAAUGCCCUUUCCCGUCUUCCGAGGCCAGAAGCUGGUUCAAGCUGUCAAGAAUGGAGAUGUAUCGGAGGACGAGAUCAAUGAGCGAGUUGAAAAGAUGCUCAAGCUCCGUGAUCAGACACGGGCUUGCCACAGUGAGGGGGUCGAGACGUCCGUAGUAGAUGAGUCGACGAAUCGAAUCGCUCGAGAACUCGCAAGUGGCGGUAUGGUCCUCCUCAAGAACGAGAACGACGCACUUCCGAUCGACCCAUUUCGUUGUCGAGUUGCUCUCAUCGGAGAGGCAGCGCAGCAGCCUGUGUUUACAGGCGGCGGGAGUGCGUCUUGUAUACCACAGUAUCGACACUCUCCGCGCGACAUCCUCGACAAGAAAAUUGCGGGAGGCGUCAAGUAUGCUGCUGGCGUCCGCACACGGCGUAUAAUCCCUGUGGCUGACUCAGCACUCCUCUCGGCAAAGAACGGCAACCAUGGUGUUGAUAUCGCAUAUUUCAACGAUGGGGACAUCGAGCCUUUCCUUCAUGAACAUUCCGUCAAAGCCACCGUGUGGAUGCUUGGGGCCUUCAAGCCAGGGAUGCGCUGUCCUGGCGGCAGGCUCGAAAUGACAACCGCUCUUCAGCCGCGCAGCACAGGCGAUCACACACUGGCAGUUAGAUGCACUGGCGCAUUCACCCUCGAAGUCGAUGGCGACAUUGUCCUCACAGGCGCUGCUCGGUAUAUUUCCACGGAGCAAUUCAUCUUCAACCACACCCUUCUGGAAUCGCGAGUGCAGGUCCCCAUGACAGCAGGCAAGCACUACAACAUCCGCCUGAAUAUGCAAGGUCCUGAGAGAAUGAUGCAAGGCGAGCCAACGCCUUACGCGGCGACGCUGUGCUUCGAAGAGUACCACGCCGAGGACGCCGCUAUAAACGAGGCAGUCGCCGUGGCGCAGCAGGCCGAUCUUGCUAUCAUCUACGCAGGCCGCGACGAGCAAUACGAGUCCGAAGGCUUCGACCUGGAGGACAUCCGCAUGCCCGAAAACCAGACCAGGAUGAUCCAACGCGUGGCUGCUGCCUCGAAAAAGACAAUCUUGGUCCUCCACUGCGGCAACCCAAUCGACACCAGCGCUUUCAUCGACAGCGUCGACUCAGUCUUGCUGGCUCACUUCCCAGGCCAGGAAGGCGCACAGGCCGCCGCAGACAUUCUGAUCGGCGCCCUGAACCCCAGCGGUCGGCUUGCGACAACGUGGUGGAACGUGCUCGAAGACUGCCCGAGCUAUGAGCACUUUCCUGCAAAGAAGCUUGAGGAUGGUAGUGUGGCGAUUAGCUAUUCCGAGGGCCUGCGUGUCGGCUAUCGAUGCCCUGGUGCUGACGACGCAGCCAAGGCACCACGCUGGCCGUUCGGACACGGCUUGUCGUAUACUACCUUUGAGUAUUCUCAGCUACGUGUGAGGCUGUUGUCGCAGCAGCAGCAAAUCAGCGUAUCGGUUAAUGUGAAGAACACGGGAUCCGUUGAGGGCAAGGAGGUCGUCCAGGUGUAUAUCUGUCCGCCAUCGCAGACAAAGGUGUGGAGGCCGCGCAGAGAGCUAAAGGGCUUCGACAAGGUCUUGAUCGCACCGGGUGAGGUUCUGACUGUUGAGUUGGGUCUGGACCCGAAGAUUGCUUGCAGCUAUUGGGAUGAGGGCGAGAAGGCGUGGCGAUUAGAGCCUGGCGUGUACGGGGUCGAACUUGGUGGCCGGACAGCUGAGUUCACGGUUGUGGAGGAAGUGAUUUGGAACCAUGUAUAA